ACUUCGCCGCGGGCCGACGGGCGCCAUUGCAAGCGUGCACCGGGACUCUGCUCACUGCUACGAAAGACUUAUUGAGAAGGAAAGUAUGGCCUCCAGGCUUCCGAUGCCCUGGUCCUGUGAACCUGUGGCCUUUGAUGAUGUAACACUGGGUUUUACCCCUGAGGAGUGGGGAUUGCUGGACCUCAAACAGAAGUCCCUGUACAGGGAAGUGACUCUGGAGAACUACAGGAACCUGAUCUCAGUGGAACAUCAGCUUUCCAAGCCAGAUGUUGUAUCUCAGUUAGAGGCAGCUGAAGAGUUCUGGCCUGUGAAGAGAGUUCCCCAAGACAUCGUUCCAGAAUGUCCUGGGCCUCAGCCGGACCCUCACUUGGAUCCUCUUCCUGUUAAGAAUCCCUUGACAAAUAUAGAGGUUGUUGAAGUUCUCACACUGAACCAGGAGGUGGCUGGCCCCCGGAAUGACCAGAUCCGGGCCCUCUAUGCUGAAGACAGGGGCCUGAGCCCAGAUGCCCUCAGGAAGCCAGUCAAACAGGACAAGCAUCCAGAUGACCCUGAGACUGCUCGCCAGCGGUUCCGGCAGUUCUCUUAUGAGGAUGUGACAGGACCCCGAGAGGCCCUGGCCCAGCUUCAGGAACUGUGUCACCAGUGGCUGCGGCCUGAGGUGCGUUCCAAGGAGCAGAUCCUGGAGCUGCUGGUGCUGGAGCAAUUCCUGGGCACUCUGCCUGGAAAGCUCCGGACGUGGGUGGAAUCGCAACACCCUGAGGACUGCCAGAAGGUAGUGGCCCUGGUAGAGGAUGUGACCUGGAUAUCUGAGGAGGAAGCACUGCCUGCACAGCCUGCCCAGGACCCCGUCUGCUGUCUCAAGGUCACUGACCUGCAGGAAGAGAAACAGGAGGAGGAUGUGGCCAUCCAGCCAGUGAUGGUGCUGCCUGAGGAGCCAGUAACCUUCCAGGAUGUGGCCGUGGACUUCAGCCGGGAGGAGUGGGGGUUGCUGGGCCCGACAGAGAGAACGGAGUACCAUGAUAUAAUGCUGGAGACCUUUGGGCACCUGGUCUCUGUAGGGUGGGAGACUACACUGGAAAAUAAACAAUUAACUCUAAAUUCUGACAUUCCUGAGGAAGAACCAGCCCACAACCCAAAAGUACAAGAAUCUGCAAGGAAGUGUGCUUCAUCCUCUACCUCAGAAGAUGUCUUGCAGAGUAGGGUCCAGGAAGUCCCAGAUACAGCAUUGAAACAGGUGGGGUUAGCUCAGGAAAAAGACCUUCCUCACAAAGAGCAUAGUGGAAACUCUGAGUCCCAGACAAACACUGCUCUUGACACAAGCCAAGGUUUACUCCAGAAAAUUUCUCCUAAAAAACGGUUGUACAAACAUGGUUCACAGGAUAAAAGCAUGAUGCAUGAUUCACAUGUAAAAAUUCAUCAGAAGAGCUACCAAAGAGAAAAGCCCAAGGAAGGCAGUGGUUGUAGGAAAACCUUCAGCCGGAGUGCUAAGCAGAUUAAAUUUAUAAGAAUUCACAAGGAGAGCCAAGUUUGCCGAUGCAGUGAAUGUGGUAAAAUAUUUGGGAACCCGAGAUACUUUUCUGUGCAUAAAAAAAUCCAUACAGGAGAGAAGCCCUAUGUUUGUCAAGACUGUGGGAAAGGAUUUGUUCAGAGCUCCUCCCUCACACAGCAUCAGAGAGUGCAUUCUGGAGAGAGACCAUUUGAAUGUAAAGAAUGUGGGAGGACAUUCAAUGAUCGUUCAGCCAUCUCCCAGCACCUGAGGACUCACACUGGAGCUAAGCCCUACUCGUGUCGAGACUGUGGAAAAGCCUUCCGCCAGAGCUCCCACCUCAUCAGGCAUCAGAGGACUCACACUGGGGAGCGCCCAUACGUGUGCAAGAAAUGUGGAAGAGCCUUCACCCAGAGCUCUCACCUUAUCGGGCACCAGAGAACCCACAAUAGGACGAAGUGGAAGAAGAAACAGCCUACCUCAUAGCCCUUAAGCCCAUAGAAGAAGCACUGCCUUUUCACCUUGAUCCUGCAAUAUACCUUGCACAGGCCUGAUUGGGAAUGUGGACUGAAUGUGAAAGGGGAAGCAUUGAGUGAGGACAUUCCCCAAACCAAAGGACAACCAGGGAACCCAGCACAUAAUGAGUAAAUGAGAAAAGUAGUGGGUAGUUGUUGUUUAUGUAUGAAUUGGAAGAAAAAUAUUUAAUUUCCCAGUCGACUAAUUUGCUAUUAUUGAUUCCUUAAUUUAGUCAUUAAAAGUGAUAGUAAUGAAAUAUGAAUACGUUUAAAAAGCCAAGGCCUGGUGGCUCAUGCCUAUAAUCCCAACACUUAGAGAGGUGGAGGUGAGAGGACUGCCUGAGCAUGGGGGUUUGAGACCACCCUGGGCAACUUGGCAAUAAAUCAGAAAAAUUAGGCAGUCUUGAAGGCACACACCUAUAGGCCCAGCUACUUGGAAGACUGAGGCGGAAGGAUCACCUGAGCUCAGAAGGUCAAGAAUGUGGUGGCCUGAGCAUGCCACUGCACUCCAGCCUGGGUGACAGAGUGAGACUCCAACUCAAAAAAUAAUAAUUUAAAAGCCAGGUACUUAAUAAUCUGCACUGAUAUUAGGUCCACUGUAAAGUAUUUAUGUGUAUGGACAAAGAGUAAAAGAAUGUGGAUAAAUAAACUAUAUCUAUUUCUGUGCA